GCUGCGGGCCCAUGAGGCGGCCCUGCGGCCCUCACCCGCGCGCGCUCGGCACCAGGCACCUCUCGCCCUCACCCAGGCCAUGGCGGGCGUCUUCGACAUCGACCUGGACCAGCCCGAGGAGGCGGCCUCUGACGAGGAGCUGGAGGAAGGGGGUCACUUAAGUGAAAGUAUGGACCAUGGGGGAGUCGGCGCAUAUGAGCUUGGCAUGGAGCAUUGUGAAAAAUUUGAGAUUUCAGAAACGAGUGUUAACAGAGGCCCCGAAAAGAUACGACCAGAGUGCUUUGAGCUGCUACGUGUUCUCGGGAAAGGUGGCUACGGAAAGGUUUUUCAAGUUCGAAAAGUAACAGGAGCAAACACUGGGCAGAUUUUUGCCAUGAAGGUGCUUAAAAAGGCAAUGAUUGUUAGAAACGCAAAAGAUACAGCUCACACGAAAGCAGAGCGGAACAUCUUGGAAGAAGUCAAGCAUCCGUUCAUCGUUGACUUGAUUUAUGCCUUUCAGACUGGUGGAAAACUCUACCUCAUUCUUGAGUAUCUCAGUGGAGGAGAACUGUUCAUGCAGUUGGAGAGAGAAGGGAUAUUUAUGGAAGACACAGCCUGCUUCUACUUGGCCGAAAUCUCGAUGGCUUUGGGACAUCUGCAUCAGAAGGGGAUCAUCUACCGAGAUCUAAAGCCAGAAAACAUCAUGCUCAAUCAUCAAGGUCACGUUAAGCUUACUGAUUUUGGACUUUGCAAAGAAUCCAUUCAUGAUGGAACGGUCACGCAUACGUUCUGUGGAACAAUAGAAUACAUGGCCCCUGAAAUCUUGAUGAGGAGCGGCCACAACCGUGCUGUGGACUGGUGGAGUUUGGGGGCAUUAAUGUAUGACAUGCUGACUGGAGCACCCCCGUUCACUGGGGAGAACCGAAAGAAAACUAUUGACAAGAUUCUCAAGUGUAAACUCAACUUGCCUCCCUACCUCACACAAGAAGCCAGAGAUCUGCUUAAAAAGCUGCUAAAGAGAAACGCUGCCUCACGUCUAGGAGCCGGUCCUGGAGAUGCUGGAGAAGUUCAGGCUCAUCCUUUCUUCAGACACAUUAACUGGGAAGAACUGCUCGCUCGGAAGGUGGAGCCUCCAUUUAAACCGUUAUUGCAAUCCGAAGAGGACGUGAGCCAGUUUGAUGCGAAGUUCACUCGUCAGACUCCUGUCGACAGCCCCGAUGACUCGACUCUCAGCGAAAGUGCCAACCAGGUCUUCGUGGGUUUUACAUACGUGGCUCCAUCCGUACUUGAAAGCGUAAAAGAAAAGUUUUCCUUUGAACCAAAAAUCCGAUCGCCUCGCAGAUUCAUUGGCAGCCCGAGGACGCCAAUAUCGAGAGCCUGGGUCUUUUCCAUGAGGGAUUUGAAUGGUUCAUCCGAAAGAUUGAGGAGCGUGCGUUAAUGUCCCACUGGGAGAUGAUAGUAGCUCAAGGGUAGAGCCCUGUUUUGAGUUAGAAGACCCCAAUCUCCAGGUAGAGGCUAGCAAAAGAGCCACUCUAAUCACUCUAGACAGUUCUGAGCUGGGUGGGCCAAUGGUUUGACUUGAUAGAUAAGGCUGCUUCCUAUGCCCCCCUGCUUAUGGGGAAGGAAGCAUGUGUGCGUCUGGAACUCUGGCUGAUACCUUUGGCACAUCCAGUGUGGCGCUUGUUCACUUCCUCCAGCACGGGAGCUUUCUAAAACAACUGUGAACUUUAGAAUUACCAGAGACAGAAGUUGUAUCAUCAUGCUGCCCUUGCCUCUUACACAUUGGGGCUUCAGCCGAUUCAAAAUGGAGGCAUAUUUCUUUCGUUGUAGAGUUGGAAAGGGAGAAAAAAUCAGGUAGUCUGGCCUCCUGCUUAAAGAUAAUGAGGUCCAGCCCUCCAGUUCCCUGGUGGGUCAACCAGUUCAAGUCUAGGCCACGGUUCAGGGUUAUUUUAAGGAUUCUUGUCUUACACCUACAAGCAGAAUGAAAUGUGGGCAGAGUAAUGGAAUGGGCUAUACCACUACAAACUGCAGAUUUAUUUAUUUAUUUUAUUUAUUUAUUACAUUUAUAUACCGCCCCCAUAGCCAAAGCUCUCUGGGCGGUUUACAGAAAUUCUAAAAGUGAGAUAAAAGCAAGUAUACAAAAUUUAAAAUUUUAAAACACAGAACAUACACACAUAAAGCAUUAAAAACCGUUAAAUACAGAAAUUCUAAAAGUGAGAUAAAAACAAGUAUACAAAAUUUAAAACUCUAAAACACUGAACAUACACACAUAAAGCAUUAAAAACCGAUUAAAAACUAAACAUGUGGGUAAUUAGGAUGUGCCGCCA